GUGUGUAUGUGAGUAAGUGACGUCGCGGUAGGAAAGUUUUGGGUGGCGCCGCGGUGCGGAAAGUUUUAGGAGCCGGUGGCUGACAGUCGGAACGGCGAAAGCAGCCUGAGCCUUUCCAUAUGAAGAAGAGAAAGUUAACAGAUGCAGGGCGAUGCUCGACGCGGCAGAAGAAUAGGAAGUUCUCAGCGCCUCAGACCGCGUCGGACCGCGAAGCCGAGACGUGCAAGUCUACAAAGGACACGCGUGUGGCCUCCGAAAAAACUACUGAAAAACAGCCUUCCAAAAAAGCCAAAUGCGACGAAAAUCCCAGCCCCGAAGCGCCCGGACUUCUUUGUAAAGGGGACGAUCCCGCUUCUGCCAAAAGCAGCGCUCCGUCCGGCCGCGGCCGCGUUAAUUCGGGCAAAACCGCGACCCGAGCGGACGCCGGGGGAAGGAAGUGUCCGAAGACGGAGAUAAGCGUCCGCGCGGCCGGCAUCCCGCUUCCCAGCGCCGACGAUUCCGCGAGGCUCGGCGUGACGGACGACAGCGCCGACGGUUUGGGGUUUGAUGAUCUGGCCCAGUCGGCGGUCUCCAGGAGAGAGAGGAACUCUGUGUCUGUGGACAGCGGCUCGUUCGUCGAUGAGGACAGUAACCAGCCCAUGCCGCUGGGGCGAAUCUUCGAAAACGCGGAUUUAAUGCAGGACUUGCCACCCGUUACCCCCUUCCAUGCAUCCAUGAGCAGAAGAGAGUUAAGAAAUCUUCAUUUUCGAGCAAAGGAAGAAGACGAGGACGAGGAUGAGGAUGACGAAGAACAGAAUGAUAAUGUCAAUGGAGCUGAUAUUUAAAUGAUCCCUCGCAGACUUACCAAUGGAGAUGAAUGUACCUGCUAUCCAAGGAUAUCCAAGGCUAUCGGAUACACACCAAAGUGCUUACGCCGCCUUACCUAUAAUAAAACCACGGACAUUGACUUUAUUCAUUUAAUAUUAAACCCCUACCUGGGCUCCGUCCAAGUAACUAUGCCUAAGGAUACUGUGUGUCCUCUCUGCUGGACCCCGAAGAACCACUGGACCCCCCAGCCUUCCCAAAGCUAUAUUGUUUACAGAUAUAAUUAAUAAUGUAGGACCUUUAAAAUGUAAAUCGAUGAAGAUAUGAUUUAUACUUUUUUUUUUUGGUCCCAACCAAAUAUUUUUAGCAUUGUUUAUAAAUAUCACAAGUGUCUUAUAAAAGAACCAUGAGAUUGUGAAAGCACGCGCUGAAGGUAUACCUACCAAAGGUAAGGAACCCUGGUAAUAGUACGGCUCGUAGAUCAUCACCCGUAAGUAGUCUUUUUAUAAGGAGACUAAAAAAGUAUAAUGUAUAUUUUAUAAUAAACUUGGUUUUGUAGCACAAA